UGCGGGUCGCACAGGGUCCUGCUGGGUUGGGGCUCGGCGCGGGCGUGCUGCAGCUUCUGCCGGCUCCUGCUCCGUCUGAGCUCCACGUGGCGCAUCCGCUUCCGGAAAGGACAGGCAUCUUCCUUUUCCUGUUCCUUACGGAAGCGCCAUCCGGACCUGCUCCCAGCACAGUAUAGUGUCGGUACCCCAGCAUGUCUUAUUUUGGGGGGGAUGCCUUAUAUUUUAUUGCCUUGAGAAAAUCAUGCCAUGGCUUAUUUUAUAGGCACGUCUUAUUUUGUGAGAAACACAGUAUAUAUAUCAUGAUAUAUCAAGCUAUCAUGAUAUUUACCUGGUGAUAUAUUGUGAUGCUGAAAAUCAGAUAAGCUGAGCAGCUAGGAUGGGUGUGAAAGUAACUUAAAUUAAGAAGGGGAGCAUCUUUGAUUCUCACAGACUUGUCAUAGGUCAUGCAGACAUUCCACAGAACUGUGGAAAUGGCUUUUCAUCUUGCUUACUCAUUUCAACAGGACGUGAAAGUAUCAGCUACACCAUGUGGUCAGGAAAUAGACACUUAGAUGAAGUUCUCGCGCCUGUCUUUUUUAGUAGUGCUGGAGAUGGAUUACCUUGCCUUCUUCAUUGUUGCUGCUCUGCAAUCAUAUCAAAUUGAAGGAAAACGUGUGGAUUCUACUGUGGAACUUGCCAGUGCUAUGACUCUUGAAUGUGUCUUUCCAAAGGCUGGAUAUAUAUCCCAGAUGUUUUGGCAGAAGGAGGAGAGCAAAGAGAACAUUGCAGUCUUCAAACUGCCUGACCAAUUGCAUAUUUCCAGCAGAUAUAAGGACAGAGUCAGUGUUACUAACAAUACCUCGAACAUCAAGUCCUUGGUGUUCAAUAGCACAGCUGGGGAAGAUACUGGCUUUUAUCUAUGCUCUUUUAAUACCUACCCGUUUGGGAUUUGGGAAAAGAGAAUACAGGUUGUCCAAUCAGCAGGGGAUUUUCAGCCUCAACACUUGUCAUAUCGUCAUAUGGUUGCUGAACCAGGGGCAAAUGUCAACUUUACCUAUGGGCCUGACCCCGAAACAAUACUUUAUCAAGUGAAAUGGAAAAAGAUCCAUGCAGACCGUGUGGACUUCAUAGUACAAUGUAAUAAAUCUGGUAUACCAGUCUAUGGUUCAGAUUACGAAGACCGUGUAGCGAUAGACUGUGCCGCACGGGUGGAUAGCACCAUUGUACUUCGGAAUGUCACAGCUUCUGACUCUGGGAUGUACAGCCUGUCUUACAUUGGGACAAAUGGCACAAAUGCCACAGUCUGGACAAAACUCACUAUUAAUGCUAACAUUUCUUUGGAGAAUCAGCGUAUCUUUGUUAUUGCUGGAGCUGCUGCUGUCUUAUCAUUAAUAAUGAUCAUCAUUACUGUGCUUAUUUGUCAUCAUAAAAAAAAGAAGAAGAAGAAAAGGAUGAUGAUGAUGAAAGCCUUUCGUCUUGCUCACACACAGGCAAAUCAAAGGCAAAUGAGACUGCAAAGAAUGAAGGCAAAUGGGGUGCAGCAGCCAAGAGAACAAGAAAUUGACAAGCAGCAUCAAAACAAGGUGAUCAUUUGCCUUCAAACAAAUACGGAAGACCUGGUUGUCAGAGUGAGGUAAAUACUAGCAGAGGACAAAUGACAGAGGAUCCAGUCUAUGCCAACUGCACAAAUUACUCACACAGACAGAAUAUGUGAACACGGCCUCUUGUCUACUAUGUGAAUGACUUAGAGCCAAGGCUCCAACAAUUUUUACAUUGGGAAUGUGACUGGAGAGAGAAAAAAACCAUUCCACUACCAUUUCACUCAUCCGUGGCUGAAGAAGUCCCACACACAUACAAUUGAACUGUGUGAAGACUGUAGGUCUAUACGAGGAGAUAAUUUACAUAGGGGUCAAGAGAUUAAUAGUUGUGCAAGGAAGACAAAUUGGCUGUGAUGCGACUUGGAAUGUCAGCAGAGCUGCUUUGUGCUUAUUACAAAUUUGAAUAUUAGUGGACUGUUGAAAUAAGAGACUGAAAAUAGGCUUUAAGUUGUCUUGCAGCCAAGCAUUGAGUAGGUCAGAUGCCACCUUCCAUAACAAAACUGCUGCUGGCUCCUGGUGAGGUAUGUUUCCUCUGGACACAAUUCAAUAUGGACACAAACACACAUCCUUCUGCCCAGAACAGGCAGCCUGAGCAGAAGUUCCUGCCCAUUGCCAUAAGAUGACUACUCAAGCUUGCAGAGAAUAGAAAGCAAAUGAACAGGUGCCAAGUCUUUGCUUUUCUACCAUACCAGUGAAAACAAAAAUGCAUGGACUCUUCUGUCAACCUCUAGAAAACAAUUAGAAUAAAUCAUUGUAAAGUUGAGUUAUAGAAUCAUAGAGUUGGAAGAGAUCCCAAGGGUCAUGUAAUUCAACCCCCUGCAAUGCAACUAAAGCAUCCAUACAGGUGGCCAUCCAACCUCUGGUUAAAAACCUCUGGGGGAGUCCACAACCUCCCGACGGAGACCAUUCCAUUGUCGAACGUCUUACCAUCUCUUACUGUCAGAAAGUUCUUCCUGAUGUUUAGUCGGAAUUUCCUUUCUUGGAACUUGCAGCCAUUGGUUCGAGUUCUGUGCCCCAGAGCAGGAGAAACAGGAUUGUUCCAUGUGACAGCCCUUGAGAUAUUUGAAGGUGGCUAUCAUAUCUUCUCUCAGUCUCUUCUUUUCCAGGUUAAAUAUACCCAACUCCUUCAACUGUUCGUCAUAAGCCUUGGUUUCUAGACCUUUGAUCAUCUUGGUCACCCUCCUCUGUACACGCUCCAGUUUGUCAAUAUGAAAACUAGAAAUGCAAACUCUAAUUGAGAGCAAGAACUGUCCAUGAAUAAGCAUGGGGGGGGGGAAUUUAAAAGAAAACAAUGCUCAAACCACACUUCCUUCAGGCAUCCAGAAGGCAGAAGGCAGGGAAGAGGAACCUGUUGUUCUCCAUAAGUUGUCGGACUAUACUCAAUUAUUGCCAUUUUCUUCAGUCACCUCUCUGCAUUCUGAGAUUUCAGCAACAUUGCCCGUAUGCUUUCAAAUGUUAUCUUCAAGGCCAAAAGAAAUAGCAACAUUAAGAAAAAGGAAAGCUGUAGGAAUCCAAAUGUUGUGUCCAGGAUUACAAUGUUUCAUCUCUUUCAGAAAGGUAAACUCAAAUGCUGUUGAACUGCAAAAUUCACACCACCUUAAAAUAUAACAUGGUGACAUAUAUGGGCUACAUACUGUAGUUCCUAUUCGCAUGAUUUUUAACAGUGCCCACAGACCAGAAACUAUAAAGGAGUUAGCCCAAUCUCUGUGCUAUUAGUUAUAACCAGUGGAAAUUUAAGGGGCUGUGAAAGAUGAUCUAGGGACAGAUAAGUAGCAAAUACUACCACUAUUAGAAUCAACUCAGGCAUGCAUUCACAUGGGAACAAAUCCUGUCCUAUAUCUGCUAAGAUCAUUAAGUGAUCUUUGCUCUAAUGCUUAGGAGUUCUCAAAUUCUUCCUGAAACCGAGAUGAUUAUCUUAUUUCUUGAACAAUGAGCAGAUAAGUUUACUGAUUAGUGUUACUACCUGGUUUGUUUUUAAAGACGUAUUGUGUCCUGUAGACUCGUAUCACUAAGCAUCAGCUCCAUUUAACCUAUAGGUAAUAACAAAGAGAGAGAGAGAGGAGCUGCUGGUAGCUAAAAGUGUACUGUAAUUUAAAUAGCUAUCUCCAAAAGCCAGUAAUUUUUGGACCAAUGAGAUGGGGAUCAGGAACGUUUUUCCAGCAUUACAUGGACAGUCUUGGACAUUGUGCAGCUUUAUUUAUUUUACAGCAAAAUCAAAUAGAAUUACAAUAGUUAGUUUGCUUCACCCAGACUUGAAGAGUUUGAUUGCCUGCCAUGAUUAGAAACCAUCUUUUGGCACCUAUGACCUCCUUAUCCAAGUCACAUAUGUUACAAUGGAUGAUGAUGAUGAUUUUUUUUAGCAAAGAACUCGGGAAAUGGGAAUGAAUUGGAAGUGUGUGCCACAAAACUCUAUUAUGUCAAUGAGGUUUUUUUUGUCUGACAUAUCAACUGCACCAUCAAAUUUACAAGUAAUAAGAGUAAAGAAAUUUGCAAUAUUUACCAAUGAUCAGGAGUUCCAUUUGCUAAGUAAAUGUCAAUGGAGAAUGGGCAUGCGGCAGCACUUCAGGCAGAGUGUAGAAGCUGCCAUGUGUACUAUGACAUGCUGCGGCACCCAUCACUCUCGCCCGUUGAGAUUGUUAAUCACAUGGAGGGAAAGGAAGGCUGUGGUGGAGGUUGAAAGGGAGUUGCUGGGGGAAUUACCUAGGCAAAAGUGGCUACAGCUAUUGCUUAUACCAGUGGUUUUCAACCAGUGUGCUGUUGGCCUGAAUGGUCAGGGGUGCUGCAAGCAGCACUGGCCCCUGGCUCUCUUUCCUUCCCUGCCUCCUCUGAUGCCCUCUUGUGUCUCUGCCUCCCAAAGGCUUGCGUGGUUGUUGCAGCAGCCCUUGCGCCUGCUGCCACCACAGCUGCCUCCCAAGGCGAGUAAGUUCUGGCCUCCGUCGGGCCACUAAGGCUGGGGGAAUCCUCUUCCCAGGCCCUCAAGGGGCAGCAUGAGAAGGCAGCUCUCUUUGGGGUGGGGUGGGCAGCUCAGAGACCAAGGCAGCUCUGGCAGCUGCCCUGAGGACUACCAUGGAGAGGGGAGGGGGAGGGAGCACUUCACAAGGGUGUGAGGGACUGCCGGCUCUGCAGACAAGGGGUGACAUAACUGGGCUUCUGAGGCUCAAAGCUCGUUUCCCCACCAAGGAGCCACAGAAAGAAUGCAGUUGGUUAAGUUGAGCUCAGAGAGGUUGGAAACGUCUGGCUUAGGCAUUUGUACAUACCGGUAUGUGGCCGUGCUCUGUGGACUGGGUAGCAUGUAAGAGUGGCUUGAUUGGGAUCUGCAGACUUGCACAGGACACUGGAGGAAGGUUACCAGUUUCUGGUGAUAGCCCAGCCACUUCCUUUUGAAAUGCACCACCACCACCACCACCCAGGUCUGUGAACUAUGUUGGUACAGCAGUCAGUACACACAGCUGUCUUGUUCCCAUAUGGUGUGGCUGUGCUUAGUAAUUUGACUUCUACCCAGCUGGAACUUGAAAUGCCUUAUGCUAAUUUAUUUAAGACUUGAGUUUAUAGCUCUUUCAUGUAACACAAUCAGUGUUUCUGGGUUGUGGGUUUUUUUGUAGUAGAAUAACUUUAUACUGGAAGAAA